AUGGAUGGUCCUGUAGAUCUCAGGAGGGAAACUGAAAUCCAAAGUGCUGCGGUGUUGCUGAUGAGUGGGGCUGAGAAGUUGGGUCCAGCCAUGAUCCCAGAGAGGGGAGAUGAAGUUGAAAGUCUGGAUCCUUCUGUGUCCCCAGAGGCAGGAAAGGAAGCUGAGAAGCCAGACGCUGUUCCAGGGCCUUCAGGAACAAAAAGCAGCACUGAGAAGCCAGAUGUUUUCUCCUCCACUCAGGGGGAUGGAGUGAAGAAUCAGGAUGCCACUGAGGAUGCAAAUGGGACGGAGAAACCAGGCUGCUCAAGUCUACAGCAAACACCUGAAGUCCAGCAAGAAGCACAGCAAGAGGAGGAACGCCCUAUCAAAGAAAGAAGAAAAGCGCUUCAGGACAUGCUCACAACGUUAAACUUGGAGAAGAAUCGAGGCAAGAAAUUCUCCCUGCAAGAAGUCCUAGAAAUCGGGUCAGAGAGUCUCAAGGAAUGCACUCCCCGUGCAACGGAAGACUUGCCGUGGCAUUUUCUGAGGAAGGUCUUGGCUCUGAACGUGACAGCCAGGAGCACAAGCCUGAGGAAGGGGACAUCUGAUGGUCAGCAGACAAGAAAAGAAGAGGGGGAAUACAGAAUUGAUGAGAGUAUUUUCUGUACAGUCAGGAUGGAUGAAAGAGUUUCUGUGAACCCCCUUGAUGUCCUUUGUGCUGUUCUGCUCUGUUCAGACAGUUUCCUCCAGCAGGAGAUCCUUUCCAAAAUGUCCAUGUGCCAGUUUGCCUUGCCUUUACUUCUGCCUCCUUUGGAGACAUCCCACUGCACCCUGAUGUUGUGGGCCAUGAGGGACAUUGUGAAAAGAUGGAGGCCCCAUUCCCUGGCUGACAGCAGGGGCUUUAGAGAGGAGAGUCUGGUGCUCACGCCCAUGCCAACCAUCUCUUUUGUGCGAAUGGAAGGUUUGAGUCUCUCUAAGUCCAGACUCCUGAAUGAGUUUCUCAGUCCCUCCCAACACCACCAUGAUUUCUUCAUACACCGAGACAUGGAGGGUGGGAACAUCCCUCGGGAAAUCGCUGAUGGGCUCGUAGAGAUAGCCUGGUAUUUCCCAGGAGGGCAGAAGAGUUCCGAUCUCUUCCCAGAACCAGUAGCAGUUGCAAAUCUUCAUGGAGGCAUUGAAUCACACCAGGUGCAGUUUAGAUUUUUAUCCGAGGUAUCUUCAGCUGUAUUUAUAUUUGCCGAAUGUAUUAGCGAAAGAGAAUAUACCUUCUUAUCAUCACUGAAGGAAUUGUCAACCGAGUAUUACUUUAUCUUGGAAAGUCACAGCAGAAAGUUCAGUGAAACUUCGGAUUUCUUAAAAGAUUUGGCUCAGGUGCUUAAACUCAGCAAAUCACAUAUACUAUUAAAAGCAGCCAAGACUAACACAGUAAAAAUUGUAGAAGAGCUACGAUCUACCAUCCGAAGAAUAAUCAGUGCUGAUCCUAAGAGGGUGACUAUCGAUGAUAUGGCUGCGGUGGCCCGAGAGAUUUCAAUCCACGUAGAUGAAGACUGCCAAGAAUGUCAGGAUGCUCACAGAUGUACGUUAAAAAUCACAGACGAUGUAAAGGAUGUAGCACUGUACAAGAAAGAAGUGCUGAAACUCCAAGGUGAUCUAUGGAAAACCUUGGCAAGAGUAGAGAAAGAACUGUGCAGGAUGGAAAGACAAGGAGACACACCUUCAGAAAAGUACAGAUCUGAACUAAAAGGCAAAUUGAUGCUCCUGCGUCAACAGCAAAAUGAGUGUGAUCCCACUAUUGGUUUGAUAAAUUUCAUCCAUGGCAUUGAAGAUUCAAAGUCAGCAAAAAAGUAUUACUUCUUAAAAUGGAUGAAGUUUAACUUGGAUUACAUUGCUAGGGCCAACCUUUCACAGUUACGUGCUGAGUAUAAGGAGAAAUGCAAGAUGUUGGGAAAUGACGCUCAGAAGAUAGCAGAGGUAGACCAGCUGAUUUCUUCUUCCUCCUUGGGUGUUGAGCAUUUCAUGAGAGAGCUGGGUCAGUUUUAUGAAGCAGAAUGUUUGAUGGACAGAGAAGGCAAAUUAUCUAAAAACGGAAGGCAGUUUGCCCACAUCAUGGAUUAUGACCCAGAAAUACACAACUGGUACAUUCCAGGCCUGUGGCAUGGAGUCCCACCUAUGGCUUCAGUCAACCGGGGCUACAGUGAAAAGGUCUUUGAGUUAAAGAAGUACCUGUUUCAAUUCUUAAGGGACCGUUCCAUUAAAAAGAGUCCCAAAGACAUCCCUCAAUUUAUCGAGUGGAUUAAGAGUCUCUGGAAUGCCGUGAAGCAUGAGAACUUCAUCUUCAGCUUCCGAAACAGCCUCAUAGCGGAAGCUUAUAACCAGCUGUCUGCAAAAUACUCUGAAUGGGACUGGGGCUUCCGCAGGGAGAUGCACCUCUGGGUGUCUGAGCAGGAAACUCUGAUACAGAACACUUCCCCUGAUGAACUUGACUCCUUGAACUGGCAAAAUGAGCUUCAACAGAAAUUGUUAUAUGGAGAACAAGAGAUCUUGGAGGGUCUGGACAAAUACUUCAAAAAUGGCGCAGGAAAUCUGCAUAGGGUGGAAGAAUACAGAGAAGAUUUUGUGAGGAGCACCAACAGCCUCAAGCGCGAACUUGAAAGUUAUUCUUACAAUAAAUGUAACGAUGCUAUUCAUAUUAAAAAGGGACGGUGCAAGAUUAAUACUCUUCAAGCAGAAUUCUUUAAAGUAAUUGAAGGAAAGGUUGACAGGCUUCUUGAAGGUUGCAGGAAAGAUGAGCGCCGAUUGGCUGAUGAAGAGCUGAGAAGAGAGUUUGAAAGAAUGUGGACAGAAACAUUGUCAGAAAUAUCCCUUGGUCCCCUAGAGAGACAGCAAAUCUAUUCAGAUAUUGAAUUGUGUUUGAGGAAGGACUUGUCCCAUCGUGGAAGCUCAGUCAACCUAAAAGUGCAAGCAGCAAAAAGUUUGUUAAGCUACAGGAUGAACACCUUUCAGAUGAAAGCAGAGUAUAUAAAUCCUUCGUUCUUGGACCGUGUGAAGAGCAUGUUUUCUAAAAAGGUGCAUUUGUGUAAAGCUGAAAAACUUGCUAAGUCAUUGAUGUCCAAAUGUAUGCAGACCAUUAAUGAAAAAGCCAAUUCCAGAGGGGAUUAUCAUGAAACUUAUAGUGGAGAACUUUUGCAUAUCAUCAAUCAAAUGCUUCAGCAGGGUGAGGUUCAAAAGCAUCAUACAUCACCUUCCUUUGAAGUGGACCUGAAGCUUCACAUUUUGGGAGAAGCAGCUCAUGUAUUUCAGAAGUUGCAUGAAGAUUUCAUUAAUGAAAAUGAUCCCCAGGUAUGCCUGGAGAAACUGAAACCUCAGUAUUUCUCCACUUUCACAGAUCUUUAUCUGGAAAAAGAUGCCCAUCAAACCAGGGCUAAGAAUUUCUGUGACUAUUAUCUGCAUCCUGCCCUGAUGGAUUAUGUCAACAGAAAACUUGGGAUAGCAAUAGUGGACGACAUUCUGAAUGGUAAGCAGUCCAUGGGAUAUGCCAGCCGGAGCUUCUUCCAGUUUACAGUUCUGAAGGAGCUGUUGGAAGAGAGAAAUGUCAACAGUUACGUGAGAUAUAUUAGAUCCUAUGAAGAAUUUGUGAAGAGCUGGAUUAUGAGACAAAUACUAGGGCACUAUGCAGACAAACAGUCUCUGAAGAACCUGGAGAAGGACAUUCUCUCUGUAAUAGUAAAGAAAAUUGUGGACAUGCUAGAGAACUUGAAGCAUAAAGGUGUUCAAAUGAUAUCAGAAUUUUUGAAAUUAUUUUGCAAAGAAAUGCAGAAGGAGCUAGUAAUUUCUAAGGACAGCCUGGUGGGAAUACAAUUUAAGAACAUGUCUGAUCCUGGGCAAUUUUCUUUCUGUGUUGAAAAUUUUCUUCCAAAUUUGGAAAAACAAAUACUAUCUGAUUUCGAUGUCUUGAGUAUCAAAUCCAAACUUUCCAAACUGCCCGUGAAGCCCCAGAAUGAGAUUUUCAAGCGAGUGUUUGGCUGUGGGAAGCAGUGCCCCUUCUGCCAAGUUGUCAGUCAUACCUUUGUUUCUAAGAUGGGCGCCAAGUCAACAUCCUAG